AUGCUGGGGCUGUGGAUGUUGACCACGCUGGUGCUGACCAAGAGCUACGCCGGCAACCUCAUGUCCCUGCUGGCCGUGAGAUACUUGCCGCAGCCCUUCCAGACUCUAGAGGACGUCCUGGACCACCCGAGCGUCGCCAUGAUAUGGCAAAAGUAUUCUAAAAAUGAAGAAUUUCUAAGAGGUGUCCAGUUUGGUAUGUUUCGAGAAGUGGCGGACCUGGAGGAGAAGGGUCGUCUCAAAUUCCACACACAGACACAGUUCUCUAAGAGUCUUGACACCCUGGUGAGGACAGGAGAUCACGUCUUCGUCGAUAUUGAUACCACUGUUAAAAACUUGAGGGCCAUAGACGUUUCCAAAAAAGGCCGCUGUGACUUCUAUCUGUCCAGAGAUGGGUUUUUGCCAUUUUCUUCUUCCAUAAUAAGUCAGAAAACUAAUCCCAUCAUAAAAGGUCUCAAUCCGAGGGUGAUUGCCUUGACGGAAUCUGGGAUCUUCAAGUACUGGCUGCAGGACGUUCCCAACUUCACGCGAUGCAAUAAUGUGCCCAAAAAAGUGGCAUUAUCUACCACUCUCUCGUUCACUAACCUUUGGGGAGUGUUUGUGUUGCUGGCGGGGGGUCUGGCUGCUGGUCUGGUGGUCUGGAGCCUUGAGCUUUUGAACCUACCCAACAAAAAGUCCUCAUGGAAAACUACGUAACCAAAAACUUCCAUCCUUUUCCAAAUAUUGUUCUCGAAGGUGUCAUGAAACUGAGAUGUCAUGCACUUACCCAGUUGAAUUAAAAGUUACGAUUAAGGAAAAGAAAAUGCUACUUUAUCCCCCAUAUAAAUAUG